AUGGGGUCAACAGUCUCUAAAACGGAGGUUACGACGACCAGUAAUGACAAAGGGCCCGCAAACGACAAAGUGGAAACCGAUGGAAAACUCACGGUUGCUCAGGACAUUGCGGGAAUCGUCCUUGCUACUCUGCAGCAGGCUGCUGAACUUGCGCCUGUACCUUAUCUGAAAGAGGCCGCUGGGCUGGCCGUCGCUUUGUUUGACAUGGUGCAGAGUACAUCGGACAACAAGUCGGCGUUCAAGGCACUGGCGAAUGAUGCUUGCGAGCUAGUCUAUACUGCAACAAGCGUUUGGAAGGACCGCGAAGAGGACAACAAUGGGAAGACACUUCCUCAAGAUUUGAUGGAUCACCUCAAAGAGUUGCUCGAGACGAUGACCGAUGUCAUGGAUUUUGCGAAAGCCCGCGCAUCGAGAGGCCUUUUUGCGCGAUUUAUCUCUCAUAAGGCAGAUGCUGGGCGGAUCCAAGGGUUUAGGGCGCAACUCAAGGAUGCCUUGGAUCGGUUUGGAAUGCAGUCGCAUAUCACCGUUCGAGAUGCCGUUUCUCGUAUUCAAGAGCAGCAAGCUGCCAUUCUUACUGCACUCGAGGCGCACGCUCCUAGCAACUCCACUCCUUCGACCCCUGGUACACCAUCUUUUCCUCAUCCCACGCACGCCUUCACGUCGUUUGGCAACAUAGUGAACAACGGGGAGGGGACGUUCAACUCGGUCAACGGUAACUAUGUCAUAAAUAACUCAACCACUAAUACUUCCUCAAAGAAUUCUGGGAACGUCAUGAACAUAUCUACCGUCAACUCGAACAACCGAUACGAUGCCGGUGGCAUGGGAAGGACGAACGGAAAUGCUCGUAGUAUGGGGAUGGGAUCCGGCCCAGGGAGGCCGCCUGUAGCAGGCAGGAGGAAGACGGAACAUCAACCCGGACAGAGAGGGAGGAGGCGUGGUAAGGCUGCGACGCCGUGA